UUAUAAAGAGAGAAAUAAGAUAAGGAAAUGAAUAAAUGAAGCUCUUCAUCAAUGGAGACUGUCUGUCUCACUACUUGCUCGUUAAUUACUCUGACAAGAAACCAUAAUACUCGAAACCUUAAUUUGUGUUCUGCACGUGUAAUUCGAUGUUGUUCUACUAAGAGGCGUUCACGAACUGGUAAGGGGUAUUGGGAUUCAAAUGCCGAGGCUAACUGGACUGAUCGAUUCAAAAUCAAUUUUGGAGAUGAAUUGAAUGAUGAUAGUGAAUUUGAAGAUGAUGAAUACGUAGAUUUUGGAAGGAGAGAGAAACAAAGAAGGAAUUGGUGGUCUGAUGAAGAUGAUAAUUCACCAGAGAUGGGAAGAGGUGGAGGAGGAGGAGGAGGAGUUUGGGAAGAAGCUGUGGAUAAUAUAUGGAUCAUCAAGGUCUUUAGUGCCUUUGGUUGGUUGCUUCCAGCCGUUGUUGCAUCGUUGCUGUUGGCAUCGGGACCAAAAGCUUUCCUUAUGGCUUUAGCACUUCCACUUGGACAGUCGAUUCUUUCGUAUGCAAUUGAUAAACUGUUUGGAAGGAUAAAUAAAAACCAAAAACCUAGGUCAGGGACCAAGACAAAACCAUUUGCCAGAGGGAGCAGGGAUACUAUGAUGAGUGAGGAAGAGGAUGAAACAGAAAUGAGUCAGACCAGUGGGGGAAGGUCAGGGUAUCAGUCGUGGAUGGGAGCAGAUAAAAAUGGUCCAGUUAAACGGAAAGAUAAUCAGCGUGAAACCACUUUUGGUGGAUGGGAGGAGCUAGAUUUACGAGGUAGAAAAUCUGGUGAUGGGGCUACAAAGAGGUCUCCUAAAAAAAGAGGAGGAUUGUCAAGAGAGAUGAAAGGAAAAUUAACUAAGAAAGGGAGAAACAAAAGCACGCCCUUACUGAUCAGAUUGGUCAUUGCUGUUUUCCCAUUUCUUGGUUCAUGGAUGAGGAUUUUAUAGAAAUGAAAUAGCAUUAUUUGGUCAACUUACACACAUAUGUACUACUUGCGCAUAGAUGUACAUGCCCUUCUUAUGAGUCGUAUGGAACUCUCCACGUCGACCGUACCUAAGGAGGUUGUUGUUCUGGUACGAGUCACCUGUUGCUGGGACCAAGAACCAACUAAUUUCUAUUGAUGUUACCUUUUAAGUAUGUGGUGUUCAGGUGGAACUGGAAUGCACGCUCCCAUAUCUAAUGGCCUCAAUGUCGGUUGCUGUACAAAGCAUUUGCUUAAUGGACUUCCCUCCUUAAUCGUCACUAACACAAGGUACGACCAAAAACCAUAAAAUACACGAAUUAUGUUUAGUGAGAAUUGGCCUUCACUCCAUUUUGGACUUAGAACUCUAUGUUCAACAGAUGUAUCAAGGUGGUAAGUGGAACACAAAUUCUGUAAGUGAUAUGUGCUUGAACAAUCUGGAAAUCCAUCAACUGCUUAAUUUAUUCUUAUACAACAUCUGAUAUUCAUAACAGUCAAAUGGCUGUAGUCUGUAAGGGAUACUCAAUGCAUGGGCUCAGAUUGGUUGUCUUCUUUA